AUGUUAAAAAUUCAAAGAACAAAAUUAAAACAACAAUUUGAUCAUAAAAAUAAUAUAAAUACCUCAAUCAAAGAAGGAGAUUUAGUUUUAGUAUGGGAUAGACCUUUCAAAACUCCAUUUGCUCAAUCCAUGAAGAAAUUAGAACCACGUUGGUCUGGACCAUAUGAAGCUUUAGAUAGGUUUUAUAAAUUAAGUGAAUUAGAUAAUACACCAAUGGAAAGGUUAUAUACUAGGGAGAUGUUAAAAAUUUAUUAUGUAUAA